AUGGCAGGUGGAAUGCAGAAGGGUGAAAAAUUUGGCCCCUUUGCAGGGGAGAAGCGAAUGCCGCAGGACCUGGAUGAGAACACAGACUGCAGGCUCAUGUGGGAAGUUCGUGGUAGCAAAGGCGAGGUCCUUUAUGUCCUGGAUGCGAGCAAUCCGCGCCAUUCCAACUGGCUGCGCUUUGUCCAUGAGGCUCCAUCCCAGGAACAGAAGAACCUGGCAGCCAUCCAGGAAGGGGAAAAUAUUUUCUACCUGGCUGUGGAAGAUAUUGAAACAGACACAGAACUUCUGAUUGGGUACUUGGACAGUGACAUGGAAGAAGAGGAAGAGGAGGAGGAAGAGGUAACCCUUAUCCAGGAAGUUGAAGACAGUGGCAGCAAUAAAGAAAUGCAGCCAGCUGGUGAAAAAAUUGCAGAUCCCCUCACCUGUAAAGAGGACCAUGCAUGCCCACACUGUGAAUCCAGUUUUGCCAGCCAGGAGAUUCUAGCUGAACAUCUGCAGACUUUGCACCAAAAGCCCAGUGAGGAAAAGGAAUUUAAGUGCCGAAAUUGUGGAAAGAAAUUCCCUGUUAAACAAGCUCUACAAAGACACUAUGAGCAGCACAAGGAGGCGUGCAGAGGGGAUGCCAGGUUCAUCUGCAAGGCAGAAAGCUGUGGGAAGAGGUUCAAGAGUAAGGAUGCCCUGAAAAAGCACAAAGAAAAUGUCCACAGUGGAAAUUCUAGGAAGAAGCUGAUGUGUUCAGUGUGCAAUAAGAAAUGUUCCUCAGCAGCAAAUCUCCAAGAGCAUCGAAAGGUCCACGAGAUCUUUGAGUGUCAGGAAUGUGACAAGAAAUUUAUUUCAGCAAACCAACUAAAACGCCACAUGAUAACUCACUCAGAAAAACGCCCCUACACCUGCGAGGUUUGCAAUAAGUCCUUCAAACGACUUGAUCAAGUGACUGCACACAAAAUAAUACACAGUGAAGAUAAACCUUAUAAAUGCAAGCUUUGUGGAAAGGGAUUUGCCCACAGAAAUGUUUACAAGAAUCACAAGAAGACCCAUUCUGAGGAGAGACCGUUCCAGUGUGAGGAGUGCAAGGCUUUGUUCCGGACCCCGUUCUCCCUCCAAAGGCAUCUGUUAAUCCAUAACAGUGAGAGGACCUUCAAGUGUGAUCACUGUGAUGCUACUUUCAAAAGAAAGGACACAUUAAAUGUUCAUAUUCAAGUUGUACACGAUGGACAUAAGAAAUACAAGUGUGAUCUCUGUGACAAAGCUUUUGUGACACCCUCAGUCCUGAAGAGCCAUAAGAAAACUCACACAGGAGAAAAAGAGAAGAUUUGCCCAUAUUGUGGACAGAAGUUUGCAAGCAAUGGAACACUGAGAGUUCAUAUUCGAAGCCAUACAGGUGAGCGUCCCUACCAGUGUCCCUACUGUGACAAAGCCUUCAGCAAGAACGACGGCCUGAAGAUGCACAUCCGCACCCACACAAGGGAAAAGCCGUACCAGUGCUCGGAGUGUAACAAGGCUUUCAGUCAGAAGCGGGGCCUGGACGAGCACAUGAGGACCCACACCGGGGAGAAGCCGUUCCAGUGUGAUGUCUGUGACCUGUCCUUCAGCCUGAAGAAGAUGCUGAUCCGCCACAAGCUGACCCACAACCCCAACCGGCCCAUGGCAGAGUGCCAGCUGUGCCACAAGAAGUUCACAAGGAACGACUACCUCAAAGUGCACAUGGAAAACGUCCAUGGGGAGACCGACAGCUGAUUGACCGGCCUCGGGGAGAGGAAUGGAUCCAGAGCGCUGCAUUUGGACACGUGCAGACUCCAGGCUU